AUGGGUGUUGACGCCAUCAGUAUGUUUCAUUUUCCAGACAGUCAGUAUCAAACAUGUGAAAAGCUUCGACAAGCAAAUGGGGUACCGCAGAAACAAUGUAUUUCUCUACAAAGUCAUUGUUUUUUGUGGCUUUGCUUCUUGUUUUGAGACCAGUUGACAGUUCAGGCCUUUCAGACGAUUCGAGCUUAACCGUCGUGAAAGGAGGCGUUGCAAUUUUUAAGUGUUCACUUGACAAUAUUCCUUGGCAAUGGUGUAGGUGGAAGAAUCGGAGAUCUCAAGCCCAAUUUAGUUUCACUGCAGAUUCUGUCUCUGAGGCCAUUAAUGAUCGGUUUCAUGUUCAAUUAGAGGAUCACUUUUGUAACCUAAUAAUCAAUGAAGUGACCCUAGAGGAUGCUGGUGAGUGGAAUUGCCACCUAGCAGUGACUAGUGAUGUUCCAUCGGUUAUGAGAGUGGAGAAAUCCAUGCACCUUACUGUGGCUGUGAUGGAAGAAAGCGAUUUAAUACUCACGGUAUCCAAAGCUCUUGAUAAGGUACAAAUAGGGGAAGAAGUUGAGAUCUUUUGCGGGCCUCAAUAUCCGAAUGCGUUCCCAAAACCACAAAUGGAAUUGAUUGUAAUCAACAAGGAUGAAGAAACCCUCAUGAGCGAGAAAGGGUCAAACAUUACCAAGGUCUUUGAAAUCACCGAGCAAUAUCAUGAAGCAAAAUUCGAGUGCCAGUUAUCGCAAGAACAUGAAGAUUUCAGCCACAUCAUUUCUCAAAGAAGUGAUGCUAUAUUUGCCCAAAUUCCAAUUGAGCUCCUUUGCGCUCCACACGAGGAAUAUGUGUUUCGAGACCAACCGUUUAAUAUCUCACUCAGUUUCCGAGCAAGGCCACAGCCAUCUUGGGAUCAAAUUAUGGUCACAACUUUCAGCGACGACUCUCAAGCUAUUACUAAUGAACUAAACCUCAAUGAAUCAAGUUUGGAUUUGGCUAUAAGUCCCUUGAUUGAAGUGAACAAUCAAACCGACGAGUAUGCUGUGCUCAUUACUAUUUUGCAAUUGAAGGAGAGCGUUAUUCUUAACGUUAACAUAAGUGGUUUUGGAAGUGUCGAGAUGUUGGUAAAAUAUGAGCCCCCUCCAUCAUUUUUUGUGACAAUGACCCCGAAACUGGUUCAGGAGGCUGGAUUUACCUGGAUGUCAUGGAUCUUCAUCUUAUUUGCACUGUUUAUCAUCAUCAUUAUUCUGGUUUGUUGCUUGAUGAUUGCUCAGGCUCUAAUAAGUAUUUGCAGAAGCAAAUCGGAUCCAAGUAAAAGGGUCUCCCCCAAUUAUUCAAGUGAUGAAGUUUUCAUCACCUCCGAAAGCUCACUUUUUCAAACUAAAGGUGCAAAGCACCUACUGACGUUUUCUCCGCCCAAACGGAACCAAUUAUCGUCAGAUGACAUGUCUACGUAUUCGAUAGGAUUUUCGGAUUCCACAGCCACUCCCCCCGAAACCAGUUCAAGUGACAGUAUCCUUAGAAACCACAUUCAUCCAGCUAAAAAGGACAUGGUAGAUUAUCCCAACGACGACCAUGUAACCAACGCCAAAAGUCUACUUCUACCAAAUAUAGGAGUGGAAAGGAUUCAGACGGGUUCUCCGUCCAACCCGAAUAAAGUGUCUUCCGAGGGUAUUUACACAUCUUCGACCGUAAUUUCCGAUUCUACAACGACUCCACAAAAAAGUAGUUUAAGUGACAGGGUCCCCAGAAUGGGAACCCAAAGGCCAAAGUCUCAGACCUUACCCAUACGACCCAGAACGGAUAUUGAAAAUAGACAAAACACUCUUCGCCGUUCAUUUUCACCUAGUGAAGCCGAAAGAGCUGACUGGCGUUUAAAGUACAGUGGACCUACCCAUACGCCAGUGUGGACUCAAAAAAAUACUUUUCAAACAUUCAAGCCGUCUCCCAAAUUGCCCGGUCGCCGCAUUCAACAAUUCCAUUACUUACCGAAAUAAUGGGUGAAAAUAAAUUGCGCAACAUUUUUUAUCUGAUCCUACCAAAACCUCUUGAACAACAAAUUUCUGACCCAACCUGUUUUGUAAAGAAGUGCGUAAAUCCAACCGAUCUAGUAAUAUAAAAUGAUUUCCAAA